UGACCCAGUCUCUGCUGAAAACCAACAGUACCAUUGUCAGCGAUCUUUUGAGAUUUGAAGUAUAAUAUCGCGGUUCGAACUUGAAAUCGAGAGAAUCUCAUCCGCGCGGGGCAGAAGCUGCCAUUUGCAAUGCCCCACGCAGUGAGCAUCGCGACGCCGGGCCUGCAGGCGUUGAUACUCUGCGGCCCGGGCAGUUCAUUCCCAACAUUCACAGCUAAUCCCGAUGAGAAUCCGAAGGCCCUCCUCCCGAUUGCGAACCGGCCUAUGGUCUGGUACCCGCUUGACUUUUGCUACCGGGCCGGGAUAACAAAUAUCACUCUGGUCUGUCCUCCUUCCGUCGCACAGGCCAUCUCUACUGCCCUGAAGACGAACCCCUUCCUGACCAGCCUGCCCUUCCCUCGACCCGACCUCCUGGCACCGAAGGACCUGGACCAGAACACAGGAACAGCCGAGAUCCUCCGACUUCCUGAGCUGCAGGACGUCGUCACCUCGGACUUCCUGGUGCUUCCCUGUGAUCUCGUCUGUGAACUGGGGGCGGACAAGCUGCUGCAGGCGUGGAUGGUUAAGUCGGCCAGCCUCGAGGACCUCGUCGGCGACUCUCGAUCCCGUGCCCCGCGCAGUGGCGGCCUUGGGGUAUGGUACCAGACCAAGACCGCCACGCCCAUCAAGGGCGAGGAGACCGACUUCGUGGCAACGGUGCCACUCCCGUCGUCGGCGGUCCUGCCCGCAAAAGGCUCUCUAUUCCCUCACAUGGCGAAACUAGUCUACUCUUUGCCCACUGAUUCGCUCAAGGACUUAUUAGAGGACAAGAAGGGCUUUCCCGUCCGCCACGGACUCCUACGACAACACCCCCGUGUCCGGAUGCUGACUACUCACCGCGAUGCCCAUAUCUACAUCUUCCCGCAUUGGGUAAUGCAGUUUAUCAAGGAGAACGAGCGUCUAGAAACGAUCGGUGAGGACGUUGUCGGGUGGUGGGCCAAGGCAAGCUGGCAAAAGGGGCUGUCUGCGAAACUAGGACUGGACAAGGUUCUUCGGCGAGCCGGCGGUGAUCAUGGCGACGGACACGUAAGCCCCGGAGGGAACAACCCCCCAACCCAGAAACUUGGCGUCGAUUCCCGCGCGACCGACGCACCCACCACCGUCGUGACCAUCAAGAACGGGGACGGGGACGACAGCCAUUCCGACCACAGCGAUAACCCGUCCCCGGACAACGAUGCCGAAAACGAACCCGCCAUUCCACCCAUGGUAGCCUACAUCCACCCUUCGACACCAGACACCCCGCUCAUCCGGCGAGCCGACACAGCGCAGCUGCUCCUGCAGAUCUCCCUCCAGCUCGCGAAGCUGCCUUCCAUCGAAGAGGUCGGCCCGGAGGCCGCAUCGCCCUUCGCGCACGCCCGCAAGGUCGCCUACCCGGAGGGCGUGAAACCGCGCACGACCAUCACCAAGGCGGACAGCCUGGUGGCAGACAACGUGACGGUGCAGGAGAAGACGUCGAUCAAGGAGUGCGUGGUGGGCGCCAACUGCCAGAUCAGCGAGGGCGCCAAGCUGUCGCAGUGCCUACUCAUGGACGGCGUCGUGGUGGGCAAGAACUGCAAGCUGACGCGCUGCAUUCUGGGGAAGCGGGCCGAGAUCGGCGAGGGUUGCGUGCUCACCGACUGUGAAGUGCAGGAGAACUUGCUUGUUGAGGCCAAGACCGAAGCAAAGGAAGAGAAGUUCAUGUCCUCUUCCGGUCUGGAGGCGACCGAGCAGGACUUAGACGCGUUCGAGGAUAGCGACAGGAUGGAUGAUGAGGCUGUGGAAGACUAGCCCGACUCAGCCUGGGUCUGUGAUCACCUCAGGAGAAUCCGAAGCAUGCCAGAUGCUCCUCUGGGGCUGAGAUGGUGUUAUGUAGGACCGGCCGUCCGUGAACAACGUCAAUCAAAUCCGGUAGACAAGUCAAGAUAUGGGGUUCUUCGCUGGUGUGUGUAGUAGGUUCCGGCAGUUGGAACCGACGUUUCGGG